AGGUUUUCCCGCAGCAGAUGGAGGGCGUGAAGCUGGUGGUGAACAAGGCCCUGAGCAGCCACUUCCAGGUGACCCACACCGUGCACAUGAGCACCCUGGGCGCCUCCGGCUACCGCUUCAACGCCACCUACGUGGGCGACCGGCAGCUCGGCCCCGCUGAGGCCUUCCCGACGCUGGUGGCCGACAUGGACAACGGCGGCAGCCUCAACGCGCAGGCUCUGCACCUCGUGGCUGAGCGCAUCCGAACCAAAGCCGUCUUCCAGGUGGGCCAGGGGGAGCCGGGAUGGCUCCGGAUCAGGAGCGCCAGGAGCCAGGAUGGCUCUGGAGCAGGGAGCACUGGGAGCCGGG